UACUAUAUUAGUUUUCUCUUGUAUAUAUUCAUCAAGUCGGGACAAACUAUCAUCACCUGCAACUCCUAAAUCCAUGGCUAUAGUAUCGCUAUCAUCUUCAGUCUUGUUCUUCUUCCUCACCACCAUCUCUGUUUUCUCCAUCUCAUCAUGGGGAGUUGAGGCUUAUCCAGUAUCUGCUUUGAUCAACGAAACGCUUUACAACAACUUGUUUCUACACAAGGACGACACUGCAUGCCCUGCAAAUAAUUUCUACACCUAUAGCUCAUUCAUCAAAGCAACCAAAUGCUUCCCGAGAUUCGGCACCACCGGAAGUCUAGCGACCCGGAAGCGUGAGAUAGCUGCGUUUCUUGCUCAGAUUUCUCACGAGACCACCGGCGGAUGGGCUACUGCCCCCGAUGGACCAUACUCGUGGGGUUUGUGCUUUAAAGAGGAAGUCAAUCCGGGAAGCAAUUACUGCGACGACACCAACAAGGAGUGGCCGUGCUAUCCUGGAAAAUCUUACAAAGGAAGAGGACCGAUUCAACUAUCUUGGAACUAUAACUAUGGUCAGGCAGGCAAAGCAUUAGGGUUUGACGGGCUUAAAAAUCCAGAAGUAGUAGCAAACAAUUCCCUAAUAGCUUUCAGAACAGCUCUAUGGUUCUGGAUGACUGAGCAAAAGCCAAAACCCUCUUGUCACGAUGUCAUGGUCGGUCGAUAUGUGCUCACGAAAGCUGACAUUGCCGCUAAUAGAACCGUCGGAUUCGGAAUGGUUACGAACAUCAUCAACGGAGGACUCGAGUGUGGAAUAGGCAGCGAUGCACGAGUGAAUGAUCGAAUUGGUUAUUUCGAAAGAUAUGCUAGUCUGUUUGGUGUUCAAACAGGACCGAAUUUAGACUGUGAAAAUCAGAAGUCCUUUUAGUUAUUGUAAGUUGUAACAGAUCACAUAGUUAAUUAAUUGGUCUAGCUCGCAAGCCUAUCGUAUGAUGUUAAAUUGUUAAUGCAUGCUUUGAUCACAUGCAUCCGUCUCCAUCCAAAAAAAUAAUGUAGAUUAUAGCUAGCGAGUUAUAUGGA